GCAGAGAAGGAGCAGAUUGCGUUAGGAUGGCGACUGCUAAUGGGAACCCUGACAGCGAUGGAAAAUCCACAGACACCACGGAAUUGCUCAGUCCUGAGCAAGAUGACAAAUCCCUGCAGGCUGCAAAGAUACCCCAGACUCACAAUAAGAUGGUUCUUUAUCACUGGUCACAAUCGUUCUGCUCACAGAAGGUUCGUUUGGUUAUUGCGGAAAAGGGUCUAAAAUGCGAAGAGUAUGAUGUCAAUCUUCCUUUAAGUGAACACAACGAACCUUGGUUUAUGCAUUUGAACCCAACAGGAGAGGUGCCUGUGUUGAGUCAUACAGACAAGAUUAUCUGUGAAUCCACCCAGAUCAUUGACUAUCUGGAAAAAACCUUUGUUGAUGCAAACAUCCCCAAACUGAUUCCAGACGAAGGAAGCCUGUAUUACCCACGUGUGCAGCAUUAUCGAGAACUCCUGGACUCGCUCCCUAUGGAUGCUUAUACCCAUGGAUGCAUUCUUCAUCCAGAAUUAACCAUGGGCUCCUUGAUACCUGCAUAUGCAACCACUAGAAUUCGCAGUCAGAUUGAAAACACUGAAUCUGAAUUGAAGAAGCUUGCUGAGGAGCACCCGGAAUUGCGGGAAGCAUAUUUGACAAAACAAAAACAAAUUAAAUCCAAGAUAAGGGAUCACGAUAAUGUAAAAUACUUGAAAAAAAUCCUCACUGAGCUGGAAAAUGUUCUUGACCAAGUGGAGACAGAGCUGCAGAGGAGAAUCGAGGAAACUCCAGCAGAGGAAGGACAUCAGCCAUGGCUCUGCGGUGAGUUCUUUAGUCUUGCAGACGUGUCUCUUGCUGUAACAGUGCAUCGGCUAAAGUUCCUUGGACUUGCCAGAAGAUACUGGGGAAAUGGAAGACGGCCAAAUUUAGAAUCGUACUACGAGCGCGUGUUACAGAGAAAGACAUUCCGAAGAGUUUUGGGAAAUGUGAACAACAUUUUACUCUCUGCAGUGUUACCUACUGCUUUUCGAGUAGCUAAGAAAAGAGCUCCCUCCUUUUUAGGGGCUACUUUUAUGGUAGGUCUGCUGGGCGGAAUAGGGUACUUUGCUUUCUUGUACCUUAAAAAGCGACUAUCCUAGAUUUUAUCAGUGCUAGCUUAAUAGGAGUCUAACUGAAGAUGUCCUUCGAGUAUUAUAUAUUCGAAUUGAUAGGACAAUUACCAAGCAUCAGUAAAGAAUGUUGAGGUAACUACUAAUUCAUUGAUAUAAAGUGACAGUUUAAAUAAAUGUUAACUUCAGCGAAAUCCAUUUUGUAGUAUUCAACGUAUAUCUGCUGUGCAAUUCAUUCUCUGUAAUCUCUCGAAAUCUUGAACCCAUUUCACUCCAAUCCAUAUUGCAGCCCACUUUAGUUUUGUUCUCACUUCUUACUGGGUUACAGUAAUUUAUAAGAGUUGAAAUGUUACUUGAAAGUUGUGUAGUGUCGUUGUGAACUCUUUGGGUUGUGGAUUAAUUGAUAUCCAUUCACCUGAGCGCACAUAGAUGCUAUUCAUGUCUCUUUUCUAACAGCUCUUGAUCAUGUUACUGAAUUUGUCUGUGAUGUUGUAUACAAUGGAUAGCCUGGUUAUAACUGCUGAACUCUGUUAACUUGAUAAGCUGUGGUGUUACAUUGAGAAUAACAAUUCUGUAGGUAAUAUCUGUAUUUAAAACCAAUAAAAAAGGGUUAAAUGGUAAA